AUGUCGGACAUAACUAACGAAUUUAUUGAAAAAUGUGCGCUGAUACUUGGUCAGUUUGAUAGUAAAAGUGUUGAUUUAUUGGUAACAUUAUAUCAUCAUCAAGAUGCUUCUGCACAAUUAAUUAAUUCACCAAAUAAAUUAAAAGAAAAAUUUGAAAAUUUACUAACAACUAAACAAGAUAAUAAUGAAAGACAUAAUGAUACACCAAUAACAAGAAUUGAAUUGGCUGUAAUGACGCAUUUUAAAGAUAAAUAUUUAUCGGAAACAAUAAUUGAUAAUGAUAAUAAUCAAUUAAAAACUAAUAUGAAAUUUCCAAUUGAUGAUCAAUUAGAUUAUGCAUAUUGUGUUUUAUUAGCACUAAUCAAUGAUCGUCUAUCAGUAGAUAAACAUUUAACUGAUUUAAAAUUUCUAUUAAAUAUAAAAAAUCCAGUUCAAACUCUAUUGGAUGUUUAUAAAGGAUUAUGUCAAAAAUUUCCAGAUUUUUUUUCUUUAUUAAUUAAUUGCCAAUAUUUUGCAAAAAAUUUAGUUAUUAUUGAUGAAACUAUUCGAAAAUUUCAAUUAUUUAUUGAACGAUAUAAAGAUUUUUUAAUUACAUUUGAGAAAAGUUAUAGAUUAUCAUCUCAUAAUGGAUAUAAUUAUGUACAACAUGAUGCUAUAUCAAAACAAAAUAAUGCUCAGGAAGCUUCGUUAUCAAAUUCUGAGCUAAUUAAACCAUCAACAUCUACAAAACAAUCUUCGAACGUUACAUCAGAUUCAGGUAGACACCGAUUAAUAUCGUCUCCAAGUUCAUCAAAUCUACCACAAAAAGGUCUAUGUAUUAUAAUUAAUAUCAAACAAUUUACUCCAUCAGCAUCUUAUGCUCCAUCGAAACCACGAGCCGGAUCUGAUAAAGAUGUUGAUAUGAUUAAAGUUGUUUUUAAAAAACAAAAUUUUACAGUAUUAGAAAGUAGUGUUGAUUUUAAAAAGGAUGAUUUCGACAGAGCAUUUAAACAUAUUGAUGAUAAAACCGAAUUUGGAAAUUUUGAUUGUUUUGUUAUGUUUAUUAUGUCACAUGGUCUUUUACAUUCAUUUCUUACUGCUGAUUCACAAGAAAUUUUUAUACGUGAUAUUAUAAAACGAUAUUCGGAUUCAUCACCAACAACUAUUUGGAAUGGUAAACCGCGUUUAUUUUUUAUACAAGCAUGUCGUGAUGAUCGACCUAGAAAUGCUCAAAAUAGUAAUAUUAGAGAAGUUGAACAACAUGAUUUAUCACCACGAAUGCUUGUUGCCUAUUCUUGCAGCCCAAGUCAACCAUCAAAACGAAGUCCAGAGACUGGUUCAAUUUUUGUUCAAAUAUUCUGUAUUAUGUUACUUCAUUAUGGUCAUAUGCUUUCUAUUCAAUGUAUCCUUGAUUGGACUGCUAAAUAUGUUACUAAACGUGACAUACUUGUUAGAAAUAGUGGUAAAGAAAUAUCUAUUCAACAACCAGAAUUUAUUGAUCGAGAAUUUAAUAAAAAUUUUCGAUUCUCAAGCACUUGUUUAUAUGAUCAAUAUCCAUUAUGGAAACAGGAAGAUCAAAUGCCUUUACUUAUAUAUAAACGAAUCUUUACGGAACUUGGUGAUGCUGUACAUGCAGAACUUACUUCUAAUUCUUAA